AUGACUGCCGUCAUGAGAUGUAAUCCGAUCACAUCUCAUGACGAAAACUAUGAUCGAGUCGGCGUAAUUUUGGAGGGGGUCAAAAUACCAGUUUCCAAAGGUCUAGAAAAACUGGAUGAGAAACAACAAAAAAAAGAAUGGUACAAUAUAUCCACACUGGGUAAUAUUGAAGAAUUACAACGAACAGCCUCAAAUACAGCUGGUCUUUUAACACUCUAUUAUCAACAUCAAAUAGAAUUGAUUGAUACAUCAGAGAAAAUUCGGGGGAGUAAUCCUUUUGGUACAUUUAUGAAAGAAACCAAGGAGAAAUUUAAUGUUCGUCCGGAAGAAGCACGAGAAAUGGCAAUUGUUCUUGCCGCUGAAUAUUUGCUUGAAUGGAUGAUUGAUUCGUUGAAAUCCGGUAAGAAUGAAAAUAGAUUUAUCAGAACAAAACCAUUGGCAGAACAAUUAUGGUUGUAUGUAGCCAAAAGAGAUCCAAUUCAGCAAGGUUUUAUGAAGUCUGCAAGUGAUAGUAUGGGUGUAUCAACAGAUAAAUUGAAAAUUCCAGUGAUAACGACAGAUCAAGAUGGUCACAAAAAGAAACUACAAGUACAAAUACGAUAUCUAUUCGGAUGUGUAUCAAUGAUGGAUCGCUAUGGUGAAAUAUAUCAGUAUCAAAUACCAAAAGAUAGAAUAGAUCCAGAACUAACUGAUUUAGCAACAUUUGAUUAUGUUUAUAUUGCCCAAUUCCCGAUUGAUGAUGACACAGUUAAAAUAAUAAAAGAAAGUAGAAAUUUAAAAGAAGCCAAAGUGACUAAAGAGGUUAAAAUAAAAAUAAAAUCAACAUUUGAUAAAACAAUGCAAGAGGUGGGUGCAUUUUAUGAUGGUGAUGACACCGACAAUUCAUCCUAUACGGGUGGUGGUGGUGGUUUCAUGCUUACCAAAGAAACGGCUCAACAGAUAGCCAAAGUACUGACAGAACAAAAAACAUUUGUUGGUCCUGGUGAUCUCAAAGAGACACUGAAAAAAUCACGUGAUCAAAUAGAAUAUGAUAUUGCUGUUCUAAGAGAGGAUAUUAAAGAUAAACAAGAUAAAUAUGAAACAACGACAAAAGCAAGUUUUGAACAAAUUAGUUUACAAUUGGAUAUAGCAAAAGAAGAUUUGAAAAAAGAUAAUGAACAAAGAUACAACAAAGAA